AUGGCCAUGGCUGUGCCGACCUCGCUGCGCGCCCUGGCUCCCCCGGCGCUCCGCCCCUACUACCCUCUAGGGACGAGCGGGUCCGCGCGCCCGUCUCCGUCCCGCGCCACGAGGGGGCUGCCCCGGCGAAGGGGCGUGGCUCUGGCGGCCUCGGCGGCGCUGCCGUCGGACGCGGAGUGGCUGGAGCGGCUGCCGGAGAAGAAGAAGCCGCUGUACACGCACAGCUUGCCGGGCAUCGAGGCGUGGCUGCGCAGCAUCGGGUUCGCGCAGUCCCGCGAGGACCGCGCCGUCUGGGUCGCCGAGACCCCGCUCUGGCACGCCCGCCUCAGCCUCGACGUCACCGACCUCCACAUCAGAUACUUGAAAAGCGGCCCUGGAAAUCUUGAGAAGGUCAUGGAGAGAAGAUUCAGCUACGCGCUGAGCAGAGAAGACAUCGAGAACGCGAUACUCGGUGGACCUUAGUUUCCCAUCCAUCACUCGGCGCAGUACUAGGAUCCUUUAUCACUGCAGGAGCCAUUCACACAGCACUCAUCACCGAGUAGAUUCUGACAGACUACGAGAGCAGAUGUAUCAUGUAUCAUCAGAGUUCCACUCUGUAAUGCUAAUUCAGCAUGCUUAAUUAACACUGCUGAUGGGAUUCAGUGCC